UUCGUUUUCAUUUUGAAACUAAACCCAAAUGAUCUUAGAUCAGUUUGGCAAAGACAGCAGAUGAUGUGGGUUCUCACUUUAACCACUCUCCUGCUCUGUAUCACUGCACACACAGCUGAAAGUGGCUUGUCCAUUCAGAGACGCACAGAGGGAAGUAACACCGUCCUCUCCUGUAAAAAUGACAGUAAUGUAACCUGGAGUAAAGGUGUUGGUGGACGGAGAGCAGACAUCCUCACUGCUGAACAUGAUCCAGAUCAGCGAAUCAUUUUAUUAACUAAUUUCUCACUCAUGAUAAAGAAUCUGUCUGUGUCAGACUCGGGGAUGUACUACCUUAACUCAGUUCCUGCAGUCAAGCUGACUGUGACCCCCAUUAAAGUGACUGAUGGCAAACCCACCACGGCUAAACGAACACACAGGAAGCCGAAGCGAGAACAGAAGUCUACAAAGACGAAACGAGGACCAAAACAUGACAGUGAUGAAGAUGACGAUUCAAGUGAGAGAAAAGCACCAGAGAAACGCAGAAAACAUGAAACUAAACAGAAGCUGGGAAAAACAGACAGUGAUGAAGAUGACGAUUCAAGUGAGAGAAAAACACCAGAGAAACGCAUAAAACAUGAAACUGAACAGAAGCUGGGAAAAACAGAGUUCUCUGCUCUGGUGUUGGUUAUCGCUGCCACGUUGGCCGGUGUUGGGCUCGUCAUGUUAUUGUGGAAAGGAAACUUCCGAACACAGUCUCCUGAACCUUGUGUCACAGAACAUUAUUACGAAACCAUAGACAACAUUGCACCAGCUACAACACCAGGCAGUGAGAAGCCAUGCAAAACAAUUUACGUCCUAGCAGACUAUCCAGCAAAACUGAACCCAGAGAAGAAAAACCCAAGUGAUGUUUCCUGUUCGACAUCAGAGACACUGUGGAGGAAGAAUCCGAUCUAUUAAUUGUCUAACUUGAAACACACACGUGUCCAGAUCACACCUAGCCCUGUGGAACUACGUCAAAACCAAACACCACACAGCUGAAGUAUUUUAAUUCCAGCUUGUUUUUUUUAAAUGUACAAUUCAGUAUUUUGUACAACACAGGAUUUUCAUUUGUCCUUCUAUCAAUCUAUUUUUUAAUCUCGUUAAACGUGUAUGUACAACAAACGUGUGUACAGCGACCUUGAGUGUUAGAAAAGUGCUAUAAAAUUGGAACAUUAUUAUUAUUAUUAUUAUUAUAGCAUUUUUAUCAUUAUCAUGUGACCUCCUUUCACUAUUCCAGACAUUAUGUAACAUUAUGCUCAUUAUGCUUAUAUUAAUAUCUCAGUAUUAUUAAUAUUUAUCUCUCAUCUGCCACUCAUCCUUUAUUUCAUUAUUUUUUGUCUGUUUUUGGUUGCUCAAGUUUCCUCAUAGUAAAGAAGGUAGAAAGAAAAAAAACAACUAUAGUAUCAUGUAGUAUGUUAGCAGUACCAUUUAAAAGAAAAAAAAAGGUAAAAAUAUUUAAAAUAAUUUGAUGUAAAAAAGGUUAAAAGAGGGAAGGGGUUAAUAGGAAAUGUGUAUAGUGUUUCAUGUUUAUCUUAUAGCACCAUUUUGCUCAUUUUUGUGUCGGAUGCCAGUAAUUCUGGAUUUGGAUCAAAUACAUUUUUCUAGAUAAAACGUUUAUGUUAAUUUAAUGUUAUUGAAU